UCAAAUUCAAAGCUUGCUUCAAAGUAUUAAAUAUGGACGCUUCAAGAAAAUUGCUCAAUUUUGUCCGAUUCGCUCAGCCUAGACGAAAUCUAGUCGAAAUUGCUAACAGAAAAUUUCUCCCUGGCUCCUAUAGUGCAACUUUUCCGAAACAUCUAAACGAACCGAGGGAAAAUUUUCCUGUCGUAGUUUCGGCGAAAGACGUUGGUGCUACAGAUUCGGCGACCGCGAGCGAAUGCGCCCAGCUUUGCAAGGAUAAUUUCCAAGAUACGCUAAAUAAAUACGGGGCGAUAUUAUUCCGUGGUUUUCCCAUCAACGGCCAUCAAGAUUUCUCGGAUUUUUUCAACGGAUUGGGCAAGUUUAAUUCAAUGGAAUAUAUCGGUGGUGCUGCCCCCAGAAUUCAGGUUGGCAAGGAUACCUAUACAGCCAGUGAUGAACCGCCCGAAAUUACGAUUGAGGGGCAUAAUGAAAUGGCAUACAUGCAUACCUGGCCAGAUGUGGUAAGGGUUAUCAUAAUUAUAUAUGUGCUGUAUGUUAACUUCUUGUAAUGUGUUAGGCACAUAACACAAGCUACCAUAUUGGCUUGUGUUACCUAUUAACCGACAAUAUUACAUUAAGUUAAUAAUACACAUAAUGAAAGACAAUAAGGCAUGUAGGACUGUUCGGUAUACCGAUAUACCGAAAAUAUCGCUAUUAAAUCAAUAUUGGUAUAUCGAUACCGGAUAUUCAACCAUACCGAUAUACCGAAAUUCCCGAUAUACUGUGAAUAUUUUCGGUAUACCGUGUUAAAUUUACCAACUAGAUGGCGAACCAUAACCUUUAUUUUACUACUGAAUGGCAAUUCAAAGAACUUUCUACUGCAAUGAUUUAGAAUUUCCAUUUCAGUGUGAUUUUUUUUUCAGCGUGUCAUUCGAAACAUGUUCGAAACAGCUUCGAAAUUAUCGUUCAAAUUAUCGUUCAAUUUCCUUCAAAUUUCCAUUAAAGAAUUUUCCUUUAUAAUUAUCAAAGGAAAACCGGUAUACCGAUAAUAUCGGUAUAAUUUUUUCGGUAUACAGAUACCGGGAAUUUCUCAUACCGAACAUUCCUAAAGGCAUGAUGAACCAAUGGUGAGAGUUCAGCUUUGGAAUCCAAAUGUGUGUUACCAGUAUAACGAAGAGCAGGAUGUCACAACAUUGCCUCGAAGGACGUCUUGGAAUGAAAUUUGUAUUGCUAUGUUUGGGUCCAUCAUGCAUAUAUAUGUAAUAUUGCUUGCUAAGCAAUUUCGAAACCAGCUAAAAUCUGGGGUGUUUGAUACUAGAGAGCUUAUGCAAGCAACAUUUUUGACAACACGGACGUAACACAUACACAAUUUAGCUGUUAACUAUGGUGUCAGCAGUUUGCUCAUGAAAUCAAGAAGUCGGCAGUCGUUGCUUUCAUGUUCAUGAUUUCAAACAAGAAUGGCUGUCACCAUCGACAACAGCUGGAUUUACUUCAGUCGGUGUUUUUGAACUAAAACUGUCGCUUGCUUAAACUGCUCACUAACAAUCAGACAACUGCAAUUAAAUAUUUUACUCACAAAGGUACAUGCAUUUUAAAACCCGACUGUGUGUCCAAUCCCCCUAUCCAGUGUUUCAUGGAUACAUGUUUACUAACGAGUGAACUAUUUCAUCUCAUUUUAUUAGCUACUUUUCUACUGCGACAAACCGGCUGGCCCGGGAUGUGGUGGUGAAACUGUGAUGAUUGCAAAUCGGGAUAUCCUGCGAGACCUUGAUGCGGAAAUGGUGGGGAAGUUUGCGAAGCUCGGCAUUUACUACAACUAUCACUGGGCAGAUGCAAGCCUCAAGAAAUACAAGGCCUGGCAACAGGUGGGAGGAACUAUCAAAUUGCUCAAUGAUGUAAAAGAGGCUGACCUAAUCACUGACAGACUCAACUGAUGGUCCUGGGGAGCACAUGCCCCCCCCCCCCUGCCAAGUUUUCUCUAACUGCCCUUUUUCCAUAAGAAAGACAAUAGGAAAAGUACCCUAUAGAGAUGAGCCAAUAUAAAAAAGCUGAUUUCUGAUACCGAUUGUUCAAAAGACAACAUAUACCCACCAUCCGCAAAACCGAUAAUUUGUUUUCCUGAAAAGUGUACGGUUUUACUCUACUCAAAUCACUAGAUUAGAAUGGGAUGUAGCAACUGCAGGUUUGUUGUUGUGAAAUUAUUUUUAUGCUUUCCACCAUAGCACCCCCCUCCCACCCCAGAACAUAUUGCAUUCCUACUCCCCUGACAAGACAUCGGGCUCCGUAAAAUAUCUUCGUAGCUAGGGCCAUGGGCAUACCGGAAGGAAAUAUUUUUUAGGGGUCAAAAAUUUGAAACAUCACAAAAUUGACCACAAAAUAUACAGAAUUUGUCCCAUUUAUUUUUAUAAUAAACCAAAAUUGCCCGACUGUUCAGCGAAUAUUGCCUGACUGCCCAACAAACUAGGGGGCUGCACGCCCCCCCCCCCCCCCCCCCCCCCCGCCCGCCCAUGGCUAGGGCUGGAUCAUUGGGGCUAACCUGGGUUAAGAUGAUACAUUAAAUACUUACAGGUAUUUAUGACAGAAGAUCGCAGUGACGUGGAAAAAUAUUUGGAAGGUAUUGGUGCAGAAUAUAAAUGGGAAGAAGAUGGUUCCUUAGUGUUUGGUUAUCGCAGACCUGCAAUGAUAAAUUGUCCACAUACAGGUAUGUUUAUUUUAACCUGUUUAUUAAAAGCCGUAAUCUGCACAAAUGCACCCUACUUUGUUAUUUUACUCUGUCUAACACCAGGGAACGGUGGCUAAAUUGGGUUAACAGGUCUGGCAUUAGACAGAGUAAAAAACCAAAGUACUGGGAAACAUUAGGGUACAUUACUACUCAAUGGGUUAAGGUUGAUUCUGCUUGACUACACUCUAGCCACAUAAAUAGGUAGGACACACAAGAAAAAUUUUAAAUUUCCACUAAUGGGUUUUACCAUGUAGACAAGCAAUGUAAAAACUGAUCUCUUACCAUUACUGGUUAUUGUAGAUUUCCCAUAUGGUAAAUUGGUAAAAAACCAUGUUUGAUAGUUACCAUUAAUGGUAUUUUCCUGACAAAGUACCAUCAUUAAUGGUAAAUAUUAAAUUUACCAUUUACCAUAUGGGAAUCUAUAAAUAAAACUAUAAAUAAUCAAUAAUGGUAAGAGUUUUUACGUUACUUUAAAAACCCAUUAAUGGAAAGUUCAAUUUUUUCUUGUGACAUCUGCCCUGAUGGAUGGCCCUGGCUUUUGGACAAAUAAUUUCUAUCAUGUUUCACUUGCUACUCUGGUUUAAAUAAAUGAUUACAAAGAUCAGUCGAACUGUAGUCAAGACCCAACGUUUCGACACUCGAGUCUAGUGUCUUCAUCAGGGGUGAUCAAAGGUGAUCUAUGAAGACGCUAUUAAGACUGGAGUGUCGAAACGUUGGGUCUUGAUUACAAUUCGACUGGGCUUUGUAAUCAUUUAUUUAAACGUGAGUAACAAGCGAAACAUGAUUGAUAUACCUGGUUGCAGUCAGCGAACAAAUUAAACUUUAAAUAUUUUCUAAUUUUCCAGCGGAACUACUCUGGUUUAACCAUGCCACACGGAAACACGCGAGCGCGUGGAAAUAUAACCACCCAUUCUGGGCAGAAUUCACAGAUCUCCCCUACCACAAAUUUCCCACCCAUUCGUACUUUGGUGACAAGAGCGACAUUCCCGAAGAAUACGUACAGCAUAUUCGCGAAGUAACAUGGAAUGUUGCCGUUGGUUUUCAACUGCAACAAGGCGAUGUUAUUGCUGUUGAAAAUCAUUUGGUGCAACAUUCAAGGCUUAGCUUUACUGGAGAACGAAAGCUCUUAGCUGCUUUAUUACAGCACCCAAAAUGAAUUUGUGACAAGCAGACAAUUUGAAUUUGGCAUAUUGCUAAAGUUGAAAAUUAAUACUUAGUCCCAUACAUGGACUUAUUAGGCCAGGGGCUGCAUGAAGUUAGGACGGCAAUGCGAAGAUGUGUUUCAAGCCCCAGGGCUAGCCAAUGGACAAACCAGGAAACAUUUCUUCCUAGCCAUGUUUCCUAAAAGUAAGAAAACCAGGAAACAUUGUUUCCUAGCCAUGUUUCCUAUUAAGGUGUGCAAACCAGGAAACAUUGUCUCUUUAGCUAUGUUUCCUGAAGGUGGGCAAACUUGUUUCCUAGUCAUGUGUUCCAAAGGUGGACAAACCAGGAAACAUCGUUUCCUAUCCAUGUUUCCCGAAGGUACUUCACACUGCCGUCCUAUAAAAUGUAACAAUCUUGCAACGCAACAAGCUUGAAAUAAUGGUAUUUGUAAUAUUCUUUAUAUACUAAUAUAUUGUAAAAUCGUUAAUUAAAUGAUAUUCUUUACCGUUGACGUUGUG